CUCCUCUUGACUUGAGUCUUGAGUUGUCUUGGUCAGGUUUGCACGAAUGGGUGGGACGAAGACUGCCAUGCCCACACUGUGGGCUCUUGCUCUUGUUAAGUUGUAUCCUUGACCCUACACAGUUUUCACCAGCAGAGUGAUACCAUGGAUACUGCUUCUGGAUUGUGCUAGUUUCAGCUAAGUAAUUGGAUAACCGAGGAAUGAGUUUUUCUCCUUGACAAUGACAGAAGCUCCGAAGAGAGAGGGAAAGAGAGACAGGGAUACUCGAAAUAAUCGCGGCAUCACGUCAUUCUACAAGAGGAGCUAGCUGUUGACUGGCAUGCAGUCUAGCAGAUGAGACUCAGAGGGUAGUUUUUUUGUCUCACUAGUGAUCAUGGUGAUGCUGCUGCCGUGCAGAUCUGUGCUGUAGUUAGGGAUUGAUCGCUCCGUCUAUCGACCUCGAGUGGCGGCGCAUAUCGCAGGUUCCGCUUCCUGGCCGCGUGCUUUGUUCCGUGGUUUGCCGAGAUCAGCUGAAGCUGAAGUCUAGUAAUCGUCUGGAUAACGACUGUUCCGGUACCGUUUGUUGUGUCUGUGCCGCCCCAGCUGUGCUUGCCGCAAGUGAUCGGACCGCUCCGCUCGCAAGAAUUCCAGUCCACACAAUUACAAACGUCUUCGAUCCGUUCAGUGACUCGCUAGCCACCGCAAAACUAUGGCGAUGAUUUUAGAUAGCCUUAGCCUUGGGUCCGUCGGAGAUGUGCCCAAGGGCUGGUAUCCACAUCUGAGCGGUCCCAAAGAUAUCAAGGUGAAAAUCCUCAGCACGGAUUACUUGCCCAGCGCCGAAGAAGCGGAACUCUACACGGGCCAUGGAUUUAUGUUCGCCUUCAGUCCACUCAACGAUCUAAACAACCGCUGCGUCAGCCAGUACGUGAACCCGACGGCGACAGAUCCGGAAGAACGACGGAAGAUCAGCGAUCGCAAUAGUGUUGGCAUAACUGGCACCACCCUGUGGCGUGAUGUGAACAAUUCUGAUGUGGACACCAAGUUCCCCACCAAUUUCCUCAGGUUCCUAGCCACAGCCAGGUACGAGGACGCAUACACAACACUGAAGACAUGGUCGUAUCGAGACCCCGUACCGGAUAGGACACAAGAGGAGCUGUACAGCGCCGGUAUAGAUGACUUGAUCUGCAGUAAUUCUCCAGACACCCACUUCAUCGUCCAGGACCCGUGGGAUUUCGAGCGCUUUGUCCAAUCCAACGUAGAGUUGCCCGAAAGGACCGAGAGUUCUGUCAGAGUGUUUCGGGCGUCGGCGUGGGACAGGGAAGAAGUUGGUGACUUCUAUCGCAACCACUCCGGCUCUGUGGUAUUCGCAACUUCCAUUCAGGACGCCCCAGCGCCACCAAGAUCCCCCGAAGUUCCGAGAGAGCCGACCCCGAAAGAAGCAACUCCACUGCCUCCGACCCCAACGCCACUACCACCACCACCUCCAGCCCCACAACCGGAGCCAACCCCGCCAAGAGAGCCAACGCCACCAAGAGAGCCAACGCCAGCACCACCGCCACCUGUGCCGAAAAUUAAGACGACACGUAGUAGAGGCAUUAAUUGUCGACUGCUUAUUCCGGCCACCAAGAAGAUUACCGUUGGCACACAGACUAAGGCACAACGGCUACCCGCGACUGGCGUUCAAUGCGAGCUAGGACCCUCGGUUAAGACUGUCUAUGUCAAACAGUACGAGUGUUUGCCUGGGAAGACAAGGACUCCAAGUCCGCCUCCGAUUCCGCGGGGUCCGAAAACAUCAAGCGUGGGAAUACAGAUUGAGCCGGUGACACGUUCCAUGGGUGUGCAAGUUUCACCGCCAACGCCUCCACCCUCACCUCCGUCACCGCCCAGACAACCGGUAAUCAUCCACAGACCCAUAUUACCAGAGCUCCACACGAAGAUUGUACCCGUAGAUGACAAAGGCAAGCAUUGCUGUGGCUGCCAGUACUACAGUGACGGGGUCGUCCCUAACGGCGGUCGCCAUGGCAACCACUGCUGCACGUGUCCAAACUUUGUCGGCAGGAGCAAGGAGUGCUGUCGCCAUCACCGCCACCAGCACCACCACUGCCAGUGCCGCGUCAGGACGGACUGCUGUCGACGGCGGCGACAUCGAUCGCGGUCAUCAUCCCGUGAUCGGCUGCCACCGAAACAGCGGCCUGACAUACGGGUAUCCAGCAAGAAUUAUGAGUGUGGAUGUUCACCCGUCAUUGACAAUUACCGGAAGGAAGCUGAACUGCACAAGCUUGCUGCUGAGGCUAUGGCACAGGAAAUCGUUGCGCUGAAGCAGCAACGGCAACAACUUGAGAUGGAAAAUGUGUGGCUCAAGAGAGACCUUGACGAUGCAAGAGGCACAGGCAAACGCAUCAUGGUGAUGCGAGAGGCGGAUCUACGGGAGAUGUCCAAGCCUGAAUUGCUGGAGGUGCAUCUGGAUGCACGGCACAAGUAUGGCUUUGUUGCAAGUCAGCUGCAUGAAAUGAAGAAGAAAGUCGUUCAUCUGCAGAAUGAAGCAAUACAGAACCAAGAUCAAGUGAUGGAGCUAAUGAAGCUGAAGGUUGUGCAUCGAGAUCAGCAGGCACUUGUUCAACAACUGCAGAGUGAGGUGCAAACCAACCAUGGAUGGAAGAGGCAAGCCAAAGAUCUCGAUGCGGAGCUAUGCACGUACGAGCGGCGGAUACAGGAAGCGUGUCGCCGAACAGGAGAGCGAAACCACCGCCAUCAGCUGUAUGCAGACUUGUUUGACGAGAUGAGCAGGGAGAACGCCCGCCUACGUACAAGGCUGACCGAGCGACCGUUGAGAGUGCCGAGGUCUUGGUCAAUGCCACGCAUGCCGGAACCAGCACCGAACACAAACUACAUCCAGCGUCUGGAAGCUCAACUGCGUGCCGAGAAGGAACGGUGCAGAGCAAUCGAGGCAGAGAAGACCAGGGUGGUACGCCACCUGGAGGAUGAGCUUCGGAAACUGAAGUUAGCAGCCGCUCCCAGCAUCCCACAAAUGCCACCCGGUGAGCGUGAAAUGUACCAAGUAAAGAUACGACAAUUGGACGAGAAGAUUAGGCAGUUGUCAGAUGAGCUGGCUAGCAGAGUGCGAGAUCAUGCACAGCGAGAGCAUGAACUAACGCAUGAGCUUGAGCGGGCCAGGUUAAAGAUAGACUCAAUGAGGCGACAACAACAAGCUGCACUUGACGAAGCCAGCGUGGAACAGGAUAAUAUUGACCUGCGUUCAUUUGUGCGAUCAAGACCGAUGACGUGGGAUGAGUUUGUGGCCCAGUAUCCUGGCCUUAACCCCCAGCCUUCGCGACGGCGCGAAAUGCGUCCUUUUAAUCGAGCGUCAGACAGAUCGCAACGGACCACACCGACGUCUUUGCUUCCAUCAAUAGCGCAGUAUAGAUAUGGCCAGCAGCAUGCUGAACGACGCAGAAAUGGCUCAUCGCCUGACACACAACGCCGGCCUAAUUCGUACUCGAGGUAUUUCCGUAGGUAGAAUUUACCUUCAAAAUAGCGAACUAAAGGACGAGCCGGAUCGACAUGUGCAACGGCAUUGUUCUAAAAAUGUGAAAAUAAUGUGAAGAAACAAAACAAAACAAAAAGAAUCUACUAGAUCAAGUUGAACUCCAUUGACUGGGAACUGAUUAACGGAUGAUACAACAGAGACCUCGUGUUUCUAUACCCCCGCCCGCUGGUCGCCGGUAGGCCAGCCAGCAUUGGUCGGAGAAGAGCGUUUGACAUGCAAGCACUGCCACGCACUCACUCGUUCUCAAGAUGGACUGGGCACCAUCAUAAGUUGGUCGUUUUCACUAUCUGCUAUUUCCGGCAGAGUUCUCUCCAGUGAUUAUAGUAAUUUUUAUUUCAUUGUCAUCACAUGACUGACUGCUUUCCAGUCCUUGAAAUCUUGAUCUGAUUCUUAUUUACAUACAUUUCAGAGAGAUAUUUGAGAGUUGUUGCGACUAGUUUGAUCACCCUAUCAAGUAUAAUAUACCUACCCCUCCUCUUCUGGCAACGUACAGUCACUAGUAGAUAUGUAACUUGUGAUACUUUUGCAGAUCAUGCAAUAAAGCCUGAUGUAAGAGUCGGCAUCCAUUAAUUUUCAUUUCUCCCUGUCACUAUUAUGCAGCCUCAUUCAACUACCAUUCACAAUAGAUGAUAUGCCGAAUAACGUGAGGAUAUGCCAAACAACGUGCAACUAGACUUGGGAGGGCAUUGCACACCAGUUUGCGUACAAAAUACGCUACAAUGUGUGCACGGUAAGUCCUGAGCUCUGCAGAAGCAUAAGUCACGGGUAACCGUAAAACUUUGAACUUAGUCACAAAAAAUAGAAAUAGGAUUUUAGAACUUACUAUUCAAAUGUACAAAUAUCGAUCGACUAGAAUUU